AUGUCGAAUCCCCUGUGCAGGUCGGCCUCUGCCAAUGCCCUGCUUACUCAGGACCAAAUAACAACGUCCUCUUCCAAAGCCAAAGGCAGUAAGUCUCAGGUCAAGCAGGGUUACCCUCGUGGCAAGGAUGCAAUGCGGGCACAGGCCUGGCUCCCACUCCAUUCCAAGGGGGCCAUAUCCCGGGCGACGAAGGCGUCCAUGCAAGCACAGGUGGUUGAGUUACAAAGGAAGAUCCAACUACUAGAGGGUGAUCGGAAGGCCUUUUAUGAAAGUUCCCAAUGGAAUAUCAAGAAAAACCAAGACACCAUCAACCAGCUUCGAGAGGAGAUCAAGGUUCUCCAGAUCAAGCUCACAGACCUGCUCAAGGGAGAUGAGAAAAUGGUCCAGGCGAUCAUUCAGGAGUGGAAGUCAGAGAAGCCAUACUUGAAGAACAGGACUGGCCAGCAAGCCCUGGAGCACCUAGACCACCAGCUGAACGAGAAGGUGAAUCAGCUGAACGAGGCCCGGCACCAGCUGCUGCUGCGGCAGAGGCGGCUGGAGGAGCUCCAGCUGCGCCACAGCCUGCGCCAGCUGGAGAUGGCCUACGCUCAGGACAGCAACACCGAGGUGGCCAAGACGAUGCGGAACCUGGAGAAUCGUCUGGAGAAGGCUCGGAUGAAGGCAGAAGAGGCCCAGCACAUCACCACGGUGUACCUGCAGCUCAAGGCCUAUCUCCAGGAGGAGAGCCUCAACUCGGAGAACCGGCUGGACUUCAUGGAGGCGGAAGUGGUCAAAACCAAACACGAGGUGGAGGAGUUGCACGUGGUGAACCAGGAGGCCCUCAACGCACGCGACAUCGCCAAGCACCAGCUACAGCUCCUGGAGGAGAACGUGAUCCGGGAGCGCAAGAAGCGGGAGCGCCACAUAACCGACUGCAAGAAGCGCGCGGAGGAGAAGAAACUGCAGAACGAGCGCAUGGAGCGCAAGACGCAGCGCGAGCACGUGCUGCUGCAGUCCGAGGACACGCUCCAGGACAGCCUGCGCAACCAGGAGGAGGAGCUGAAGCAGCGCUGGGGCAUGUACCAGAUGGAGGUCAUCUUCGGCAAGGUCAAGGAUGCCACUGGCGUGGCCGAGACCCACUCGGUGGUGCGGCGGUUCCUGGCCCAGGGUGAGACUUUUGACCAGUUGGAGACGCUCAAGAAGGACAACGAGGUGGAUUUAGUGAAGCUGAAGCAAGAGAAGCAGCAGCUACAGCAGGAGCUCGAAGGCCUCAAGUACUCUGGGGAUGCCAAGCUGGUGAGUCAGCAGAAGUUGCAUUCAGAGAUGCUGGAAAACCUCAAGAACGAGGAGCAACGGCAAACAGGGGUACAGGAGCAGCUGGACAACACCCUGCGAACCAUACAAAUUGCCAAAGACAGCCUCCAGCACCUGGCGGGCAAGCUGAACCACAUUGCUUUGGAGGACAGCCGGUUCUCCGGAGUGGUGUUGGACCCCAACUCUGGUGACUACCUGCCGAACCUGCUGGGCCUCGUUGAGGAGAAGCUGCUGAAACUGCAGGGCCAGCUGGAGAUCCACGUGGUGUCCGAGAUGUUGCGACACAUCGGCGAUCGCGAGUUCCUGGCCAGCUUGGAAGGAAAGCUGCCCCAGUACAACACCCGCAUCCCUCUGCCCCUGACGCGCCCCAAGGACAAGUACUUCGACGAAGAGGAGAGUGAGGACGACGACAACGAGGUGGUGUCCCGCGCCAUGCUCAAGAUUCGCUCCCAGAAAUUAAUCGAAACCCGAAGCAAGAAGCGCAGCCGGCUGCGGAAAUAGACGCCUGGAACCCUCGCCCACCCGGCGGCCCCAGGCGCCCCCCUCCGCUCGUCCCCGC